AUGAAGAGGGUCCAGAAAUUCAUUCCUGGUGUCAUGCUGGCAGGCGCGUACGUGGUGACGCUGGAACGCAGCGCUGCAGAGAAGUGGGGCUUUCAGUGGGACCGCAAGGCGAUGGACACGCAAAACUUGCGGGUCAUCGACUCAGUGGCUCCCACCUCCCUGGCCGCGGAUUGGCGGCUGCGGUGCUCCGAGCAGCUGCUGAAGGGGCACUUGCUGGUGAAGGUGAACGGCAUGGACGACCCGAAGGCCAUGGCCGCAGAAUUGAAGAAGCAGAAGGUGACCUGCCACUUUGAG